AUGGUAAAUCCUGGCUUAAAAAAAGCUAUUCAAUUGCUACUCCUCAUUCUCUUCCAAUGGCAUAGUUGUUGCGCAUGGACAAGUCGCCAUGCGCACCGCGCAAAAAUAUGGGAAGAAUUGCGAGAGAUUGGACCAGACAGUUUCUACCGUCCCGCUUCGGGCACCUCCCUUCAAAUGGGACUGUGGGACUCCGUAUCAAAUUUUUUGAGUGAGCGAGACGGUGAAUUCGUCAAAUUAGAAACUAGCGAUGACGCAUAUGGUCCAGGUCCCCUGCUCGUACUUUACCAAAUACCGGUUGGAAUAGAGGACGACGAGAUCCAAGACAUGCUCUCAGACGGCGCUCCACAAGCAUUCCAGAGUGGCUGCCGCCUCUUUCGUCUCGAAGAGCAUGAUACAGAGCAUCUGAAGAAACCACUUAGUGAAUUUCUAGACAAGGCAUUACAUAGCAUACCUUCUCCUCCGCAGAGGAAUGAUGCUGUAUCCAAACCUGCUCCAAUUCCUGUUUUGCUAUUCAGCGGCUUUCAGAACCGCGAAAUGAUGGACGCUUUUAAAAUUCUCGAGGAAGAGAUUUACGCGGAAUCGGGUGGCCAGUCGUCUCCUGCAUGUGCUAAGGCUGUACCCAACGCUAUGCACAAAUCUUUGGGACUGGUUAUUGAAGGAAUUUCAGGUGAUCAUUUUUCUGCAAUUGGCCUUAACGCGUAG